CCCUAUCUGACCUCUACCCAUUCCUGCCCUUGUUUUCUUGAAGCCCAGUUCUUUCAUACUUUCCAGGCCUAAUCUUCCCUGUCAUCUCCUAUUCUUGUUCCAAGACUCGACUAUCUCCUCAGUCACUAUGGUUCACGCCGACUCAAGCACCAAUAUCCGAACCCGUGUUCGCUCGGCCUUUGGUCGUCUCCGCCCCAGCAAAUCUUCCUUGGGGCUGGCGUCUAUGAUCAAGUCCGACGCUGUCCCGCCGGUACCACUCCCCGUAUUGCAGCUUCCCAAUGAGCUGUCCUCGGAUUUCACUGAACCCAAAGUUUCCGAUGACUUUUGGGACAUGAAGUCAACUGCCCCCGUCCUUCUCAAGCGGUCUGACAAGAAGCUAUCAAAAAGGCCGACUCCUCGCCAAAAACCUUCUGCCGAUCACAGUAAACUACCAGUUCUGGAUCAAAUGCUCUUACAACAAGGCCUAUUGGAUUCACCCAUCAGUAUCCACUUGACUUCCUUAUUGGCGGAAUCGUGCCAAUCGCUUCUGUCAACCACUACUACUACUACUACUACCAGGACGACCAGACGGCGGUCAUCCUCAGAUUCUGUCUACUUAUCCAGCUUACUCUGUCUGUCCUCAGCUGGACCAUUCACGCCAGAACUAGUCGUCAAUCACGUUGGGAAAACGACGCCGGAGUUCUCGGCUGCCUACUUGGACACUGUUGAGCCGGAAUUCUGUCUGCCAGUGAUCAACUCGACCGAGACAACUGAGUCGCCCAAAACGAUCAAUUCGGCCAAAAUUCCUUGGGUCAGCUCGCCCAAUCCAUCCCUACGUGCUGUCAAGUUGAGCGCAUCGCCUUCCCAUCGGUGCCUCAAACGUCGAGGACUCAUCCCAUCCAACCAGCCAAUCUCGUCUCAGUUGUUACAAUCAGUCUUAUCCACUAGCACCUCGGACCUAGGCUGUCAUGCUGAGACCAAGGAUACCUCAGAGUUCAAACUCCAACCGGCUAUGUCUGCUGAAAUCGCAGUGUGGAAUGACGAGUCCGAUAAGCGCUCGACUCUCCGUCCACAGAAACCUACCCCGAGACAACCUUUGGCCAAACUCGAUAAAAACCUUCCUCUUCCAAUGCCCAGUUAUGGACGAAAAGCCGCUCCGGCGAAAGCCCAAACCCCUUGAUCCUUGCCUGCCAGUGCCACUUUCUGCAGCCCCAGUUUCACCGGUGUUUUUUCUCUUGUACUACCUUCUUGAAUAAUCAAAGAGUUAUCUCUAUUGCCCCACAGGAUCUCAAGAAUUCCUCGUGCCAUCACAUUUCUCCUAUUGUUUUCAUCUGACCCAGCUUGUUAUGUGUUUUUGCCCUAAUCCAGUGUUCUCUCUCUCACCUCCUGUUCUUGUUUAGCUUUCACUUUUUCUUCAGUCAUUCCAAUUCUUCUUUCCUUUUUAAUAUCCACCAAAAAACUUCCAGACAAUUUUC